UAACAAAAUUUAAAAUUUUCUUAGAUUCCUUCUAGCCAGCCUACACGACUUUUUUCAUUCAUGAAUCCAUUGGCAAUGGAAAUUUGGUUGUAUGUGCUUACCGCCUAUGUUCUUGUUUCACUUACUUUAUUUGUGAUGGCUCGAUUUUCACCAUAUGAAUGGAACAAUCCACAUCCGUGCAUGAAAGAAUCCGAUAUAGUUGAAAAUCAAUUUUCCGUUUCAAACAGCUUUUGGUUUAUAACGGGUACGUUUCUUCGGCAAGGAUCGGGCUUAAAUCCGAAGGCAGUAUCAACCCGUAUUGUUGGAGCGAUUUGGUGGUUCUUUACCUUAAUUAUUAUAUCGUCAUAUACUGCUAAUUUGGCUGCAUUCCUAACCGUAGAACGUAUGAUAACCCCGAUCGAGGGCGCUUCUGACUUAGCUGAGCAAAGUGAUAUUUCAUAUGGCACCUUAGAAGGAGGAUCAACAAUGACAUUUUUUAGGGAAACACAAAGUGUAUGAAAAUCAAAUACUGGAAAUACAAAACGGUUUUAACGAGAAGAAAUUAAACGGACGCGAAACUAUAAACAAAAAAUAAAUAAAAACUUUAAAACUCCAGCAACAAAACGCUUGCAUACAUAUACAUGAUACCCUUGAACCGAAGCAAAGUGAGUAGUGUUUUUUCCAUUAAC